AUGGCCACCAAAAAACCCAACGAAAAUGGUGCCACCCUUCCUUUUGCUGCCCUGCAGCUCCUGGCCCCGCCUGUCCGUCUGGUGUCUGCAGCCCUCUGGAAGGUGAUGAAGCAGAGAGAUGUGAUGCAGUACGGUGUUGUGGAGGAGUUUGUGACCUCUGCCUGUUUGACCUUACCUGGGCUGCUCACCUUCCGACACCAGGGCAAGCUGACACUAGGUCUGAGAGCCCGGCUAAUCUUAGAGUUGUGCCGCUCACAGCCUGAUGCUGACGUGAUCGCGCCACAUCUGGAGAGGAUCCGUGCUCCUGCUUCUUCGUCUGUGAAAAAGGAUGUUAAAAUUCUGAAGACCGUUGAAAACUUCCAUUUCUUUAUUCACACGUUGUUGGCAAACGCAGCGGAGCGAGAACGCUUCUUUAACGUGAGUGUCCCUCCUCUGACGAACAGCACCGACGACACAGGAAGUGACAUUCAUUCUUUAAUCGUCUGUCAGGAUCAGUUUCCGGUGGAUUACGGCCCGAAGUUUGAGCAGGAGUUGGAGAAGCUGCUGUGGGAGUUUUUGAUUCGACUGGACCAGCUGCUUCCAGUUCCCAGCCUCGCUCAGACGCUGUCCUGGCUCGGUGAAGACCCCACUGUUUUGGAGGAAUGUGCACAAUUUGCCAAUCGAUCUCAUCUUCUUGAUGUUCUACUUCAGCAUCAGGCGUGUCUGGGUCAUCUGGAGUCAGCAGCAUCCUUGCCUCCGAACAUGGGCGACUCCAUCCUGGCUUCUCUCUCUUUGCCGCCGUCUGGACGAGUGGCGUCAAAUUAUCUAACGGGAGACAGCCAAUCGUGCGAUGAGUGGUGGAACAGCUCGCAGCCGGGGAAGAAGUCGCCGUUUAUCGCACCCGUCAUUGGACUCAUUUCUAACGAAAACGUACCCGUCAUGAUCUCCACCAGGGAAAGACCGCAGCAAGAUGACGAGGAGACAAACGUGAAACCGGACGCAAGAAACAACCCCCAAUUCACUUUGAUCAAACGGAUGGAAAAAGCCAAAGACGACGGGCCGAAAGAGAUUCAGGACGAGGGGAGCGUUUUAAAUCGAAGCGGCGGAAUAAAACGAAAGCAAGCGGGAAGCGAAACCGAGGAAGUACGUGUGACCACGUCUAGAAAAAAGAGGCUCAAAGGGCACGGGCGGUGUCUGAACGAGAGCGAGGAAGACGAAGCAGAAAGUGUCGGAGCGGACGGCUCUAACCAAGACCUCCUGAGCAAGCUCCACCUGCCUGAAGACCCGUUCCUCUGCUCCGUGUUUACUUCCUGUCUGAGCACACAGCCGAGAGUUGUUGUGGAAAAACUGUCGCUUGAUUCUUCUGGCUGCAGCAGCAGCAGCUCGUCUGGAGGAGGGAAGUCGUUUUAUAAGAGGCGAGACGAUCACAGGAGGAAGGUGCCGGAACGAAAACAAACGAGCCGCCGUCAGUCACCUGAGAGUCCUGGCCUGGACAACAAAGAAAACCAGCCUGUGUUUUCAAGCAGCCCUUCCUCACUGCAGCGGAGUAACGCAGAGGCGUCAGCUCUUCGAGGAGACGACGACGAGUACGUAGCAGAUUCUGAAGAUGAAGGGACGAAGAACUUUAAAGGCAGGCUGUUCGUGAAGCGCUACUACAAGACCAAACAUGGCACCUAUGUUCCCACCCUGAGGGAGUUCUGGAAACCAGGUGUGACUCGAAGAGAUGCGUUGUCCUCUCGCAGCAAACGCAGGUGAUCGUCGGGACUUUUCGCUGCACCGUAAGCUGCCUGGAAAACAAAUCUAAUCUACGACCUUAACCACAUCACGUUUUCUCUUUAUGCCGUGUACAAAAUCAACCCAACCUGUUCAGACGUCAGACCGACUCCGGCUGAUUUAAACAUGUUUUAUCAUGAACAGUCCCACAGAUAGUGCUGUAACUGAUUAUGAGCCGUUUUGUUUUCAUUCAUAUUUAAACUCUUCCUUGAUCUCGAUUUUUCUCUGCCACCAUCUUAUUU